GGCGUGGACAAGCCAGCCACACGACCCACCGCCUUCAAGCCGGUGCUGCCCCGCUCGGGAGCCAUCCUCCACUCCUCCCCCGAGAGCGGGGGGCACCUCGCCCAGCAGCUGCACCCCCUGGACAAAGCCAAGGAGCAGGAGCUGAGGCCGGCGCCGUGCUCGGGGGGGCUCUCCGACUCCGGCAGGAAUUCCAUGUCCAGCCUCCCCACCCACAGCACCAGCAGCAGCUACCAGCUCGACCCCCUCGUCACCCCCAUGGGACCCAUCAGCCGCUUCGGGGGCUCUGCCCACAACAUCUUGCAGUGUGCCAUCAUCCAGGACAGCAACAUGAUGAGCCUCAAGGCCAUGUCCUUCUCCGACGGGGGCAACAAGAUACUCAACCCUGGCAAAGCCCCCCACCACCACGCCGCCGAGAAGACCACUUGCAUCCGUUCACCCAUCUCCACAGAUGAGUCCACCAUCCAGGAGCUGGAGCAGAAGCUGCUAGAGAGGGAGGGAGAGCUGCAGGAGCUUCAGUCGAGCUUUGAGGAGAAGGAAAUCAGCUCCUGCCAGGCUUACGAGGAGAAGCAGCGGCGCUGCAAGGAGGAGCUGGAGGGCCUCAAGCAGAAAUGCAACAGCAAGCUCAAGCAAACCUCCCAGAAAACCCAGAGGACACAGCAGGUCCUUCACCUCCAGGUGUUCCAGCUGCAGCAGGAGAAGAAGCAGCUCCGGGAGGAGCUGGAGAACCUCAUGAAAGAGCAAAACCUGCUGGAGACCAAGCUGAGGUCCUACGAGAAGGAGAAGACCAGCUUUGCCCCUGCGCUGGAGGAGACCCAGUGGGAGGUCUGCCAGAAGUCAGGGGAGAUCUCCCUCCUGAAGCAGCAGCUGAAGGAGUCCCAGACAGAGCUCAACACCAAGACCACCGAGAUCCUCAGCCUGAAGGCCCAGCUGAAGGAGGUGAGGCUGAAGAUGGAAGGGCUGGAGAUGAAGACCCAGGACCUGGAGGGCUCCCUGCGCACCAAGGCCAUGGAGCUGGAGGUGUGUGAGAACGAGCUCCAGCGCAAGAAGAACGAGUCCGAGCUGCUGCGGGAGAAGGUGAACCUGCUGGAGCAGGAGAUCGUGGAGCUGCGCACGGAGCUGGCCGUCCUCAAGGAGCAGCUGAGCGAGGCCCGGGAGGUGGGCAGGCCCUGUGCCAUGGGGGGUGAUGCCCAGGCCCUGCAGGGAGAGGUGGAGAGGCUGAGGGCAGAGCUGAAGGCCGAGCGGGACAACAACGAGCAGAUGACCUCCAGCUUCCAGCACGAGCGGCAGACGUGGAAGGAGGAGAAGGAGAAGGUGAUCCACUACCAGAAGCAGCUGCAGCAGAGUUACCUGCACAUGUACAAGAGGAACCAGAACCUGGAGAAGAUGCUCCAGCAGCUCGCCGCGGGGGAAGACGGGAAGGAGCCCAUCGAGCUGGACAUCCCCGGCGCCGACGUCCCCUACGAGGACAUCAUCGCCACCGAGAUCUGA